GUGUUAAAGCUUUCAGAUCCCAGAGCAAAACACCAGCUUCGGUUAAGGCCGUCGGGAUCACGCAUCAUGCCAAAAGUCGAUGCAGGAGAGAAGUUACUUCGUGAGCUGGGCUACAGGCUGGGUCCCACUUUAGGAGAGGGAAGCUUCUCCAAGGUGAAGGCAGCCACCUCCAACAAAUUCAAGGGCCCCUUAGCCAUCAAGGUGGUGGACCGGCAACGAGCAACCCGGACCCUCGUGUACAAGUUUCUGCCCCGGGAGGUCUCCAUCGCGCGCAGGAUCCGGCACCCCAACAUCAUCCGCGUCUUCGACAUCAUCGAGGUCUGUAACAGGAAGCUCUACAUAGUGAUGGAGGCGGCAGCCACCGACCUGCUGCAGCUGCUGCAACAGCUGGGGAAGCUGCCCUGCGUCCCCAGGGCCCGGGACAUCUUCGUGCAGGUUGUGAGGGCCGUGCAAUACCUGCACGACCGCAAC